GCAGAAUGGACGUGGUGUCCAUUAACCAUUAUUCGAUCCGAUGAAAGAGAGAGUUGGAUGUUCCAUUCCAUGGCAUUGGCAUCAUUACAUUACUUCUUAUUUCUCCAAAACCCCUUCGCCGGAACUUCCAUUUCCCAUGGGAACCCUUAUCAACACCGUCGACACCGUCAAUGCCGCCGCCUCCGCCAUCGUCAACGCCGAAUCCAGAAUCCAACCCACCACCACCGUGCCGAAAAAACGUUGGGGAAGCUGCUGGAGCUUAUAUUGGUGUUUUGGACCUCAUAAAAACAGCAAGAGAAUUAGCAACGCUGUCCUUGUUCCUGAACCUGUUGAGCCAAUAGUCCCAGUUGGAUCUCAUCCUGCUACUGUUGCACCAAAUCCUUCAACUGCCAUUGUAAUGCCAUUCAUUGUCCCUCCCUCUUCACCUGCAUCUUUUCUCCAGUCUGAUCCUCCAUCUGCUACACAAUCACCUGUUGGAUUAUUCUCUCUCAGUUCUCUCACCGUCAGUGCUUCUGGUGGACCUUCAUCCAUUUUUGCCAUAGGCCCUUAUGCCUAUGAGACCCAGUUAGUCUCACCACCUGUAUUUUCUAACUUCACAACUGAACCAUCUACUCCUUUCACUCCACCUCCUGAAUCUUUGCAGCUGACUACACCUUCAUCCCCUGAGGUGCCAUUUGCUCAAUUGUUGGCAUCUUCUCUAGACCGGGAUUGUAAAAAUAACGGUACAAAUCAGAAGUUUCCAUUAUCCAAUUACGAGUUUCAGCUAUACCAACAGUAUCCAGGAAGUCCUGGCACUCAACUCAUAUCACCUGGAUCAAUCAUUUCCACUUCUGGCAGUUCUACUCCUUUCCCUGACAGACACCCAGUUCUUGAAUUCCACAAAGGGGAAGCAUCAAAGCUCUUGGGAUUUGAACACUUCUUGACACGUAAAUGGAAUUCAAGGCUUGGAUCUGGAUCUUUGACACCAGACAGUGCAGGUCAAGGUUCAAGACUUGGCUCAGGAUCUUUGACACCUGAUGCUAAUAAGUUAGCUUCGCAACCAGGCUCUGGGUGUUUGACACCUGAUGGUUUGUGUCAAGACUCAAGGUUGGGUUCUGGGUCUUUGACACCAGAUGGUAUGGCGCCACCUGCUAGAAAUGACAUCUAUGUUGGAAAACAGAUAUCUGUUGCGAAUUCAGAGAAUGAAUGUCAACCAAAUGCAGCAUUAGUCAAUCACAGAGUUUCAUUCGAAUUAACUGGGGAGGAUGUUGCACGAUGUCUUGCAAAUAAAUCAGGGUCUUCAUUGCAUGGAAACAUGUCAGGGUCUUCUCAGGGUACACUGGCUGAAGACCCUGUUGACAGAGAAUGGAUACAAAAGAACUGCAGUAGUUGUUGCGAUUUGUGUUCAAGGAAAAAUUCAAAUGAUAAGCCUAGCAAUUCUCCUGGAGAAGGAGAGGAGCAGUGCUGUCGAAGGCAUCACUCUUUUAAUUCUUCCAAAGAAUUUAACUUUGACAACAGAAAAGGUGUUGUUUCUGAUAAUCCUACCAAUAGCUCCGAAUGGUGGACUAACAAGAAGAUUGUUGGUAAGGAAGGUAGAUCAAGCAACAGUUGGGCUUUCUUCCCAAUGCUACAGUCAGAAAUCAUUUAAAGAUUUAGUUCAUUGCAUUACAACUUGACCUGUAUGGUUUGGAACAGAAGGCUUUCCAUUGCAGAACCAUUAGCAUACUAAAUGAAUAUCUUAAGACACCUUUCUUAGUGCAGUUUAUUAAGCCAUGGGGAAAAUGGCAGUAAAUGCAUAGGUAAGUGAGGGACAUAGGUGAGACAACCGUUGUAUUAGUCCCUUAAAAUCCAAAGUAGAUUAUUUAAGGGGCAAAGUUGGAAGGGACAAGUAAAAUGGAUUCUAAAUUCUGAUAGAGCAUUACCUUAGUUGCAAGUAUACAGAAAUAGUGAGGUACAGGUAUUUGUAUUGUGGAUUGUUUUGACAUUUAAUAUUCAAUAAUAAUAUAAAAAUAAUUUCUUUUGCA